CCUCGUGCAAUUUUCCUUCUCGUAUAUUAAAACCUAACAAAGCCACACGCAGUAAAGAGCGCCUCUUUCGUAGAACACAGUCCGCAGCCGGAGUUUGCUUUCGUUGCUGGUGCUGUCUAUUGAUUCCACUAACCUGACCAAACCAAACAAGGCCCCAAGUAAUACUGUGAAAUCUAUAUUGAAGUAUAGGAAGGUGAAAGAAAGUACAAGAGAAUGGCAAAGUCUUUGAGAUCAAAGAAGGAGAAGAGGCUGAGGGCAAUUCGAAGGGAGCUUGUUGAACCUUUCUAUGACAAGAAAGAAGCUGCUAAGCUGGCUGCCCAGGAAGCUGCUCUUGCUGCACCAAAGUUGGAGGUUCCUUCGAAAUCAAAAAAUACCAUGGAUGUGACCACUUCCACUAGCAACACCAACAUGGAUGUGGAGAUGGCUGACGGCAGUCAAACCAUGGCUUCCUUAAAGCCUGUUGGUGGAAUAGGGAAGAAAAUGAAAAAGAAAUUGAAAAUAGCUAAAAACAAGCGCCGUGGUAAGGGAAAGAUUGGGAAGCGCAAAAUAUGACUCCAAGUAAAGAAUGAUUGUAUUGAAGCUGUGAAGAGCUCCUGUGCUUUUUGUCUUGAUUAAUGAAUAGUGUUCAAAUUUUGACAGAGAAGAUGAAACCAUUGAAAUCUAUCGUAAGCUAAAAACCAUUGAAAUUCUGCACCAGGCUUAGUUUCUUUAGUCUAAUUUUUUCAGUCCUUUUGUGCCCUUAUGAAAAUGGCCUUGAAGAACUAGCUGGCCAUUUGAAUUGCUAUAUGAAAUUUACUUUUAGAGUGUCUCUGCAAUACCAUAAUUUAGCACGAAACUUGUACACUUUUACAAAUUUUAAUAUUCGACGUUAAAUUUUAUGUGAA